GUCUAACAAUAGACGGCCCAGCCAUAGGUUGCUGCAGUCACAUGAGUGUGAAGGACGCGACUAUGUAUCCUUGAUGCUCAACCUGCUGGUCGACCUCAAGGAGCUGAAGUGUGUCGCUCGUUUCUGAGCUCCGUCUGCCUGAGUUACAGAGCUCAUCCAUAACAGAAUGUCUGAUACAGAAGAGGUCGUGGAGGAGGAAGUUCUGGAGGAAGAAGCACAAGAGGAGGUCACAGAUGAGUCGAAGCCCAAACCAAAGUUCAUGACAAACAUUACUGCCCCAAAGAUCCCCGAUGGUGACAAAGUGGAUUUUGAUGACAUCCACAGGAAGCGUCAGGAGAAGGAUCUGUCUGAGCUGCAGUCUCUGAUCGAGGCUCACUUCAUCCAGAGGAAGAAAGAGGAGGAGGAUCUCAUCUCCCUCGUCAACAGAAUCGAGAAGCGUCGCGCCGAGAGGGCCGAGCAGCAGAGGGUCCGGACGGAGAGGGAGAAGGAGAGGCAGGCCCGCACACAGGACGAGAAGGAGCGCAAGGAGCAGGAGGAGCACCGCAAGAAGCAGGGCGAUGACGCCAAGAAGAAGAAGGCCCUGUCAAACAUGACCCAGCAGUACGGCGCUGGACAUAAGAGUGAUAACAGAAAAGGAGCAAAGAAACAAACGGAGAGGGAGAAGAAGAAGAAGAUCCUGUCCGACCGCAGGAAGCCUCUGACCGUCGACCAUCUGAACGAGGAUAAGCUCAAGGAGAAGGCCAACGAGCUGUGGCAGUGGCUGAUGGGGCUGGAGGCCGAGAAGUUCGAUCUGGCUGAAAAACUCAAAAGGCAGAAGUACGAUAUCAACCAGCUUCUUGCUCGAGUCCAGGACCACCAGAGCGCCAAAGGACGCGGCAAGGGCAAGAUGGGGGGGCGGCUGAGGUAAAGGAGCAGCCCGACGAGGAGAAAGCGGACCGCGACACCAGGGAUUGGCCUUAUUACCGGUGUAUUCAUUGUACUGUUGUGUUACAUCUCCAUUAUCAGCAUCGAAACAAUAAAUAAGUCAUUACAUCCA